UUGUUUUGUCAGCUGUUAAGUAGGACUUAAACCAUCUACAGAGCCUAUGCUGAUAGUGUCGUUUCUCCAUUGGUGUCCUUCAGUUGUGUCCCACAGGAUGCGACCCACACCAGUUGACUGACACCCAGGUAUGGCUCAACACAUGAACCAGGAGAGGUGGGAAGAACUGGUUACUUCGUUCCUGCGAGUGAAGGACACUUGUCUCAUGACUGGGGAUGAGGAAGCUGCCCUGGCUGCCACACUCUCCAAUCUCUCUUACUGCACCUCCAAACUCAGGAUUAUGUAUGACCAUAGGCAAAUUCACUGUGUUGUGGAUCAGUGUGUGUCUGGUAUUGUGAGUCCCAAAAGUUCCCUGGUCAAACAGACAUCACACUUGCUUGCUUCACUCCUUAGAUGGCAGAGCAGCACAAGCCUAUCAUCAUUAACUUUAGAUAAGGUCAUUGCCUGGCUUAGUUCUGCCCUUAAAUACCAUGGGAGGGACUUACACGACAAUGAAACAGUUCAUCAAAUAUUACGUGCUCUAGCUGCUGCCCUGCGAGAUGCUGUUGACCAUUCUGAUGAGAUCUACUUGAGUCUUGCUGGUACCAAGGGUUCUCUCACACUGACACUGGACUCAAACUCACCAUGGCAAAAUCAAGCACUUGCAAUGCGUUGCCUUCAUCUUCUGACUUACGUUGCUCCAGAAAUUGUUGCAGAGUCUCGGCAGCACAAUGAAGAGAUCUUUCCAGCGGAAGUUGUGUCUACAAUUCAGAGAAUUGUCAUUGGCAUUUUAAGACAGCCAUUACCCAAUCCAGACUUGUGUUCACAUAAAUUAUAUUUACAUCUAGUUGCAUCAGCUCUAAGUGUUUUGUACAAUCUAGUUGUAUGUGCUCCGAAUGACAUACUAGGAAACAUUAUUGUUAGUACCUGCCGUCCAUUUGUAUUUUAUGGAUUGCCUGGUUUUGCUCACAGUGAACUGGUACAGCACACAGCUAGCCCUGAAGUGGAGGUUCCUCUCUCAUCUGGAAUGGAGAGUGAUUCCUCAUCAAGAAAUUAUACUAAUCGAAAUCGUCGUAAGAGACUUCGUCGGAAAAGAGCCCAGCCAUCACGAUCAACCUCAGAUUGUGAUAGUGGUCCAUGUCCUCUUGUAGCUGCUGUGGAUGGUAUGGGUCUAGGUCUGCGAGUUCCCCCACCAGCAGCUACUCUGGCUGCCACUGUCUCUCUUAAACCUCAGUGGGCCAGAGAGAAGCAAACUUUAAAAGCUGAGAAAGAUAAAAUUUCUGUGAAUUCUUCUCUAGCACCCGAGACAGAGACUUCGCCAGAAACGACCUCUCAAGAUGAGAGUACUGCAGAAGUCCGAGUGAGUGGCUCUGAGACUGACUUCUCUGAUUUUGAAGGAGGAGGUGAAAAGGAAUCAACAUUAAUGGCUCGGGCUCGCCAGUGCUCGCUUCAAGCUAUAAAUGCUGUCAUUGAUAAAGUGGGAAAGCAGCACAAGUUCAGCUACUGGCCCCCAUUGAUGUGUCAAGCACCAUCAUUAAUGACAAGUGUGCUGAAGGAUCCAUCAGCCUCAGUGAGGAUGGCAUCACUUCAAGUCAUAAACACUUUUCUCCUUGACUCUUCACAAGUCCUCACUCAUGCAGUUGAGAAUGAGGGAAAGAGCUACACCACACUGGGUCAGCAGCUUGGUGCCAGCCUGCGAGAACUUCACCGUUGUCUGGCAUUGGCCCUUCUUUCUGAAAAGUUUCCUGGUGCCCUUGUUAGAACUCUAAAAACAAUAGAGUUGCUUGUUGAAAAUGUUAAUUACUCCAAGCUUAAACCCGGACUUCUUACCAAGGUUGUCACUCAUGUAAAAUAUUUUAUGAAAUACAAAGAGGCUGUGGUUCGUGCAAAUGCUUUCUCAGUAAUGGUGAGUGUACUGAUGAUCAAACCACAAGUAGCAGAACUGAGAGACUUACUCAUGCGCUACCAGAUUCCUGCUCCUCCAAUUCUCACUUUGCCACCACAAGUUAUGCCACCCCAGUUUAUGGAAGAAGAACUACCAGAAGAGGAAGAUGAGGCUGAGGCACAAUUGAAAGAGCAAAUGGAGAGAAUGAAUAUGUUGAGCGAAGAUGAAGAAGAAAAAACAGAGAAUAACAUGCAUGGCAAGUCAGUUGUGUCAUGGUUAAUGCAGCGUUGUGUUGACUCAUUGCUAACACCAGACCAUGAUGCUGUGCGUGGCAUCUACAUUCAGGUUCAGCUGCAGUCACUGAAGGUAUUAAGUGCCCUAGUGAGCGAGCAUCUGAGCAUUAUUCAGCAUAACCUGCCUCUCAUUCAACAUGUGAUCAGUGUGUGUAGUGAAGCUGUGAGGGAGCUGCCUCAUCCAAGAGUUUCACAGAUAAUGUCAGACUCUCACAAGAAGUUUGAGGUUGGAGAAGGUUUUGACCCAGCAUUAAUGUCUCCUGAUCCUGGUGUGGUGGUGGAACAUGCAUACACUCUACUGGGAUCACUACUUGGAGCAGUCAAAGCUGAUCUGGAUAAAGGAAAUGAGGCCUGUACCUCAGUCUCUCAGGUCCAGCAACUGUGGUUUUGGGCACUGCAGGGUCCCCUGCAAAUAUUGUUUAAGCAGUCCACAGGAGAGCAGUCUGGCAUCAGUGUAGAGAAUAUGUCUUCAGCAGGAGAGCCUCUACAGCACAAUGCAGCAAACUGGAGAACCCAAGAGAGUGUUGGAGCCCUGGAGCAUGAGGAACACUUAAAACAGAUGGUGGCUGUUGCUACCGUUCUCACACACUUGAGUCCUUCUAUCUUUGAAAGUCUUGGGGAGGAAUGGAUCACCUGCAUUAUUACAACAGUCAGGUGGCUGGUUACCUAUUCUCAUCCUGACCUUCGUUUGGCUGGCAUACGCAUCAUGGCCAUUAUUGUUGGUUUUUCUGGUGUAGUUGGGAAUCCUGGAGCUGUCUCUCUCCUACAGGCAACAGUUGUGACAACUUGUGAUCUACUGGCUCAGAGAGAGAACAAUGUGAAUAGAGAUCGUCUCCUUGCUUCAUGGGCACUGGCAAAUAUAUCUUCUGUGUUUGAAUUCUAUGUUGAUAAUUGGAGUCAUCAGUACAGUUCAAACAGUGAAAUUCUGCCACCAACACUUACUGCUCGACUUUUGGAGGUGGGAAUACGUGCAUGCAAGGACAAGGACAAGAUUAAACCACAUGGAGUGCGGUGUGUGGGAAACGUGACAAGCUUCUUGCAUGCACAACAAGUAGCUGAUUCAACUUUAGCCCCACUAGUAUCAAAAGCAAUAGACACACUUGUACUCUGCUCCAGCACUGGAAGUAAUAUGAAGACACGAUGGAAUGCUUGUCAUGCCCUUGGAAAUAUCCUCAGCAGUGGCCAAUUACCCAUUGCCAGUAUGCCUUGGAAGAGUCAAGUUCUGUCAACUCUUGGCAGCUUAGUGGAGAGCUUCAAGAAUUAUAAAGUGCGAAUUCAGGCUUGUAGUGCCAUAUGUGGCUUAAGGUCACGGGAGGAAUUUGGGUCAGAUUAUUAUGGAAUAUGGCGUGUGUUGCUCCAUGGACUGGAUAACGCUCAGAAUAUCAUUGACUACCAAGAGAUACGACACAGAGAUGAACUCAUUAAUCAGAUUUGCCAAGGCAUCUGUCAGCUAUCAACUCACAUUACAUUGGAAGAUGCAGGAUCAUUGUGUGAGCUCUUACAGCUACACCAUGACAUGGCAAUGCCCUUGUUGAUAAAGGCUUACCAUUCCCUUCCCCCGGAGAGGACUGUACAUGCCCUGAAAGCUCACUCAAGAGUAGAAGAGCUACUGAGUUAUGAUGCUCUUACAGAGUCUCAGCAGCAAGCCUUGACUAUACUUCACAGUUUGACUGCUUCUCCUACAAGCACUUAACUAUCAACAGCCUAAAAAAUUAUGUCUUUCUGGAAUAAUCCUACUGCAUUAGUAUAUACAAAAUUGUAAAACAAAUAAAAUGAACAGGAUAUUUUAUUAGUCAUAUUUUUUUUUUCUGUCAUGAGGCACAGAAUUGAGAUUUAUAUAUUUUUUAACAGUUCUUUAGAUAAAAGUUUUGAAUGAUCCCAGUG